AUGAGUGUCUUUCCUUUGCCGAGAAUCACCAAGCGGAAGAAGAUUCUCUGCUCCAAAGAGACUUUAAUUAAGAUCUAUCUGAUUCCCAUUUUGGUGUUGAUUAUCGCCUUUCAGUUGUUCCCCGAGACGAGUCAAGCCUUUCAUCACACGCUCGAAACGCUCUCCUUAUCUCAAUACACGGGCGAACUGUCGGAGGAGAUUCGACCUCUCAUUAAUGGCCCGAUCACGUUGACCAUUUCCAUUCUCUUUGGAUCACUCGUCAACAAGCAUGACCAUUUCCACACUCUACCAACGACAGUGUCAACUUCAUCAAGCAGGAAUUGCCCGUCUCAACGAUUGCCGGCAUCUUCUGUAUUUGGCCGAAGGAUUGCCCGAACCCGAAAAGAGUCAAGUCAAAAUGCAAUAUCACAACAACCACAAGAACCCGGUGGUGCUAACUAUGGACUCGUCUUGGGAGAACUCUACGCCGCCAUUGCCAAUCUCAAACAACACAAGAUUGAAUUCAUGGCAGCCGUGCAAAAGAACUUUACACCGGCCCACUAUGCCAACUUGUUGACGCAAGCAUUCGCCUUGUUGAUCAUUUACUUGUGGGAAACCGACAAUGUGGCAUUGAUAGAAGCGCAUCCAUUUGAAUUACGAGCGGCUUGGGCCAUACUCAUGAGUACCAUGGCAUCUUUGGUGGCCGUUAUCAUUGAUCUCAAUACACACCCAUUUCCAACAUUAUCAUCAUGA